AUGGCCAACGUCUCCAUCAACAUCCCCGGCGCCAGCGGGUUCCUGUACAGCGGCGGCUUUGGCGCCGCCCGACUAUGCAUCACCGCCGAGACCGAGGAGUUCGACACCGAAACGCUGCACAGCUGGCGCGAUGAGGGAUUCGAUGUCGUCUACGUGCCGGCAAACUGCAAUGAGAAGGAAUACAUCAGUCGGUUGCGAUCGGUGAAGGAGGGACUUGGUGUCGGAGACAACUAUGCUGUUCUAGCCUUCGGCGACGCCGCCUCCUUCUGCCUUGACUACUACCUCAAACCCACCAACGCAAGCCGUCUCUGCGCCCUGAUCGCAUACUACCCGACCAACAUCCCCGACACGCGCUCGCGCUUUGCGCCGUCCCUGCGUGUCCUCACGCAUCUCGCCGGCGACACCGUCGAUGUAACCACCACGCCCACGAUGCUGGGCCUGCAGGGAAAAAAGAAGCGCACGACGCGCCGGAUCAACCCGGGCAUGGGCACCGGCGAGCGGCUGAACAUCGGCCACACAGCAUACACCUACGAGUACGUGCAGCCGGGGUUCGCGGAGCACGAUCUAGAAGAGUACGACCGGCUCGCGGCGGACCUGGCGUUCAGCCGAACGCUGGCGGUGCUGCGACGAGGGUUCGGCCGGGAAGUUGAUCUGGAGGAGCCGUGGGAGGAGCAUCUAGAAGCAAAAUACUUCUCCAUGAACCUCUCCGACACCAUGGACCCGUACGUGAACCACCUCACACCAGCGGUGACAUACACGCCGACGAUGAGCGGCGGGCUGGGCACGCACGCGCUGCGUCGGUUCUACGAGCAGAACUUCCUGCGCAAGCUGCCGCCGUCGAUGCGUCUGCGGCUCGUGUCGCGGACCAUCGGCGCAGACCGCGUCGUCGAUGAGCUGUACGUCGCCUUCGACCACACGCACGAAAUCCCCUGGAUGCUGCCGGGCGUUCCGCCGACCAACAAACACGUCGAGAUCAUGCUCGUGAGUAUUGUCGCCCUGCGCGCGGGGAAACUGUACUCCGAGCACGUCUACUGGGACCAGGCCAGCGUGCUCGUGCAGGUGGGCCUGCUGGACCCGCGGCUCGCGCCGCAGCAGGAGCACGGUGUCGACCGAUUGCCUGUUAUUGGGCGCGACGCUGCGCGGAGGGUGCUGCUGGAGCAUCCGGAGGGUGAGGAGAAGGAUUAUCAUAAUCGGUUGAUUCGGCGCGCGCGGGCGAAGGGGAAGGGCGCGGCGACGCCUAGUGUGGAGGAGUCUGGGACGGAAAUGUUCAAGACUGAGUCGGAGGAGAAGGUGAAGAAUGCCAAGGGGAAGGGGAAGAGUGUUCAGCGCGAGGGAGAGCGCCAGGCUGGGCCUGAAGAUGGAGUUGAUGGGGGUGAGAAGACGGAGCACGCGAAACCUGCGACGGUCGAGGAUGGUAAUAAUGAGUAA